AGAGACAGGCCUGGGAUUGCAGCCCCCUCCCCGCGCGCUCUCUCCAGCACCCGGCUGUCGGCCGAGAGGCGGCCGCUGCUCUCUGGCGCCCCCAACCGGCCGUGGAAGAAAUGGGGACCCGCAGACCCGCUCGCGUCCUGGCCCCAGCGCGCAGGGAGAGAGCAGAGCUAGCCAGGGGGCCGCCAGAGUCGGGGUCCUCGGGCCGCGCCCUGCGCAGUGCUCCUGCGGCUCCAGGCUCCGGGCUCGGUCACCCCGGGCGAGAGCCAGUCAGCCUCGGACCCUCGCCCCACGCGGUCCUUUCCAGCCUCGGUGUUCCCGCCUCUGCCCUCGGGGCGACGCGCGGAGUGGCUGCAGCCGGAGCCCGUCGUCGCGGUGCAGGGGCCGGCCUGGGAAGGGUGGACGGGAGAGCCGCGCCCGAGUAAUGCUGCGGCCCAGCGAGGAAGGAGUGUCGCCUGCAGGUCACCCAGAGGACACCGGGAGGGGAAUUCCUGGGGUGGGAGUGAGGCGAGGUGGGUAAAGUGGAAGCAGGGGACUAUAGACCUUGGGUAGGACGCACUGCGGCCUGACCUUCCAGGGCCGCCAACGGAGUGCGGGAGAAGAGGGGACCGCGCACAGGACCCCUCCGCACGCCUCCAGCCCGUUCCCCCUGCUCCCAGCGCUCCCAGCCCCAGCGCUCCACGACCGCUGGACGCCCCGUCGGGUCCGGGUCUGGUAGAGAGGAAGGAGCCGCGCGGAGGCCGAGGGGGACGCGGGGGCUGGCGGGGACUGGCGCGGGGUCCGCGGCCGGGUCCCCGCACCGGGCACGUCCCGCCGCCUUCCGGAGCUCUCCCAGAAGAUGUCGGGAGCUAUCUUCACGCCCCUGGAGGGCCUGGGUGCGCUGGACGCGGCGAGCGGCCACCCGCUGGUGUGCCCGCUGUGCCACGCACAGUUCGAGCGACCCUGCCUGUUGGACUGCUUCCACGACUUUUGCACCGGCUGCCUGCGCGGUCGCGCCACGGAUGGCCGCCUCGCCUGCCCGCUGUGCCAACACCAGACGGUGGUGAAGGGCCCCAGCGGGCUCCCUCCGGUGGAUCGGCUGCUGCAGUUCCUGGUGGACAGCUCGGGGGAUGGCUCGGAGGCCGUGCAUUGUGCCAACUGUGACCUGGAGUGCAACAAGCAGGAUGCAGAGACCACGUACUUCUGCAACACGUGUGGGCAGCCGCUGUGCGCGCGCUGCCGCGAUGAAACGCACCGGGCACGCAUGUUCGCGCGCCACGACAUCGUGGCUCUGGGGCAGCGCAGCCGCGACGUGCUCCAGAAGUGCAGUGAGUGCGGCGCGCCAGGCAGGGGCCCGGGGGUCGGGGGCCGGUGGCCGGGAUGGCCGGAGCCGGGCGGGGGCGAGCCUGCCCGGAGCCCUCACCACUGCUCCCGCCGCAGCGCUGCACGCCGAGCCCUACAUCAUGUUCUCCACCGACAAGAAGUCGCUGCUGUGCAUCCGCUGCUUCCGGGACAUGCAGGGGGAGAGCCGGGCGCACUGCGUGGACCUCGAGUCAGCCUACGUGCAGGGCUGCGAGCGGCUGGAGCAGGCAGUCCUGGCCGUGAAGGCCCUGCAGACGGCCACCCGGGAGGCCAUCGAGCUGCUGCGGGCCAUGGUGGAGGACGUGCGGCGCAGCGCCGCGGAGGAGGAGGCUGCCAUCCAUGCCCUCUUCGGCAGCGUGCAGACUGGCGGAGAGGAAAGCGCUGUUGCUGCAGGCUGUGCAGAGCCAAUACGAAGAGAAGGACAAAGCCUUCAAGGAGCAGCUCUCCCACCUGGCCACUCUGUUGCCCACCCUGCAGCUUGGCCAGUAAGGCUGAGUUCCUGGACCUGGGCUACGAGCUGAUGGAGAGGCUGCAGGCCAUCGUCACCCGUCCCCAGCACCUCCGGCCAGCGCAGGACAGCAAGAUCACUAGCGACCACCACGCGGAGUUUGCGCGCUGCCUGGAGCCGCUGCUGCUGCUGGGCCCGCGGAUGGCAACAGGUGCUGGGGCCGGCACCAGCACGCUAGCAGCGGGCUCAGGCCCCAAGGUGCUGAUGGGGCCCAGCUGCCCUUCCCCAGCGGGAAGGAUGUUGGGGUCUCUGGUCCGAAAGCCCACGCCGCACCGGUCCAUCAGCACCAAGGUGCUGCUGACGGAGGGGGAGGACACGCCGUUCUCAGAGCACUGCCGCCACUAUGAGGACUCCUACCGGCGCCUGCAGGCAGAGAUUCAGAACCUGAAGGACCAGGUCCAAGAGCUGCACCGGGACCUCACCAAGCACCACUCGCUCAUCAAGGCGGAGAUCAUGGGAGACAUCCUGCACAAGUCCCUGCAGGUGGACGCGCAGAUUGCCUCCGAGUACGCUUCCCUGCAGGGGAUGAGAGCAGUCUUCCAGGAGAUUUGGGAGGAAUCCUACCAGCGGGUGGCUAACGAGCAGGAGAUUUACGAAGCCCAGCUCCAUGACCUUCUCCAGCUGAAGCAGGAGAAUGCCUACCUGACCACCAUCACCAAGCAGAUCACGCCCUACAUCCGCUCCAUUGCCAAGGUGAAGGAGCGGCUGGAGCCCAGGGUUCUGAAACUUCCCACUGGUGAGGGUCUACUUGCGUCCAUCAAAAAGAACCCGGUCUUUGCAGUCUGGAAGUUUGUCUCCUUCAGUUUUGACACACAUCUUUUGGAACCAAGUUUUAGCAACUUUGAGGAAGAAGGAAAAUUAAAGUGUGUGCAACUAUAUGUUCACCCAAGCCACAAGUGAGCCUCCUGACUCGGGGAUGUCAGACUUGGCACAGCUCUGCACAGUCCUGGUGGUGUCCGGGUCUACCCAGGAUGGGCUGCAGCGUCUCCUCCUCAGCGAGUGUUCAAAGCCGUUCACUCCACACACUGCACAAUUCCAUUUAUAAAACCUAAGAACCAGACACACCUGCAUCAGCAGUUGAGGCCCCGGGGGCCUCUGGGCGGAGGUGACGUUCUGGGUCCUGCCUACCCAACUUAUUCAGGCUACGCACGCGUACCAAGCCUCGUUCUUAUCAUUGGUGCGCAUUUCCUUCUGGGUGCUCUGCUUCAGUGCGAAAAUGGCUUCAAGUAAUGUGCUCCUGGCUGCCUGGCUUUGUGGGGGAAAUGGCGCCUGUGAUCCGUUUUGGCAAAGCGAAAGCAGCUCAGGCUAGAGCCUGGCUCCUAGAGGUUCGGAGGGAGGAAGGAGGUUGCCUCCAUCCCUUUCCAGGGCCCCAUUUUCCAGGUGUCUGGUGCUGCCGCCUCUGCUUCCUCCCCUUGCACUGCGGGCAGCCCCACCCGCCCCGAGCCCGCUCCUGGGGCCGGUUGUCCUCAGGGGCCUCUGGCUGCAGCCCUCGGUCUCUCAGUAGUGCUCACGGCCGUCCUCACCACACUCCUCUCUUUCUUCCGAGGCAGCCCACACCUGUUUCCCUCCUGCCGCUCAGUCUGUCCCUUCUUAGGCUGUCUGGCCACUCUGCCACCUCUGCGCGGUGCCCAAGCGUCAGCUUUCCCCACGGCCCAGUCCUACAGCCUCUCCCCAUCCCACACCCUAUGCUUAAGUGGCUUCACCCAGUCCCAACUUUAAAAUCCCACUGUGACACAGACGACCUUCAAGCCCUCCCCAGCACAGGCCCUCCUGAGCUCCAGACCCCUCUCCAACUGCCCCUUCCUGGGGGUCUCCACUUGGACACCUCACAGGUGCCUCAGCUCCCCCAGUGGCAGGACUCCAUAACCGUCCCCCCAACCCAGUGAGUGACAUCACAGCACCCAGAUGCCCCAGUGAGAAGGCCAGGGGCCUUCUGAUUCCUUUCCUUUCUUUUCCUCGCCUCAUUUCCAACAACCCUGAGUCCUGCUGACAUGACUGUCUCAGACCAUAGCUGUCCCCAUGGCUGCCCCAGGCCAAGCCACCGUCACCGACCAUCUCCGGCCCCUCUAGGGUGUUCCAUAGCCAGCGGUCUUAAAGCCUAGAGUUCCCAUCACUCUGGGCCUGACAGCCCUUUUGGGACCCUCCUUGUCCCCCUCCAACCAGACUAGCCCCUCACCACACUCCAGUCACAAUGGCCUUUCAGCUCCCCAGACAAGUCAGACGAGUUCCCCCUUCCCAUCCUCUGCCUGGACCGCUCUUGCUUCAGACUGGCCCAGACAGAGAUCCUCUCCACACGGGUCCCUGCUGCCUGGCCCUGCGGCGCCUUCUUCCCAACCUCCCAUGUCUCCUGACCACAACGCAGCUGUCCCGAGAACGGCCCCAGCCCUAGUCAGUAUCUGAGGACCAAAACCCUAGGCAGGCCCACGAGUGUCUCGCUCAGUUGGGUUGUCUAGAGAGCUGCAGACAGGCUGUGGCCUGCUCUGCUGCCUUCAAGCCUGCUGGGAGCUGUUUCUCUC